UUCAAUGCGAGAAGUUGGACAAGUUGUGAUUUCAGUCAAGUCAUUACCCCUGAAGGGAAACCAUCGCUCGAAAAAAAAAAUCCAAGAUUGGUCUCGCUCAUCUCGUUCAUCAUCAUGUUCCCUUGGAAAAUAUCUCCUGUGGUUGUGCUGGUGAUUCUCCAAAUGUGUGCUAGGAAGAGCUUAGCAUGUCGACUCGGUAAAGCGAUGGCGGACCUCAGUAGCAGAAUACCGCUGGAAGAGGAGGUCUUGAUUUCUCCAAGCGAUGGCUCUUGCAUGUCUGUUCGGAGUGGAACGGACCACUACGGGAAGAUCCUUUCGUCGCACAGUACGAGCCAAUCGCAGGACAUCUUCAAUAUCUUCAUCCAUUGUGAGUACACGAUGGAGUCGAAGCUACCAUUCCAGCGGGUAAUGUUGGACUUCAGGUGGUUCGAUGUUUCCCGGAGAUACCUGACAGACCCAACGUGCGAACAUGCGAGCGUAACGUUCUACGACGGUCCUGAUGGGGCGACGUCACCGGUACUACGUAACGCAACGUGCGGUAGCCAACGCCCCGCGUUGCUAACUUCAAGCCAAUCAGCGCUGAGCAUGCAAAUUUAUGCAAGUGGUAACCUGAGUGUAGUUGACUUCGUGGCAGUGUACUCCUCUUUCAGUAAUGAUACAUUUUGUAACAGCAGCGAACAACCGGAGGAGCGCAUUCUUUGUCAGUCGACCAACAGGUGCAUCCCAAAGGAUCUGUCAUGUGACCGCCAGGGCGUGUCCAACUGUGGGGACGAGGACUUCAGUGAUCAGGUCAACGAGAUAGCACCAGCUUUCUGCCCAGUGACGCAUGAUAUUGACUGGACGCCUCUUCUCAUCACUGUGGCUUGCAUUGCAGCUCUUUCAAUCCCAUUACUUCUGUACUGGUGUUGCUGGCGACCAGGUUACAUCCCCUGGUUGUGCUGUACUUUUCGGCGGCGGCGAUGCUGCGAGUUGGGCGGGUCCUGCACCACUCCGAGCCGUCACCUCUGCCGCCGCGCGUGCUCCUGCCGGGGUUAUGCGGGCUGCACGUGCACAUGCUGCCCGGGGGCCGUGGGGCCACAGCCGGGCAAAAAACCCUCCAGCAACCCGCACAGACCGAGAAAGGUCGGCAGAGCCGAACUGAUUCCCCGCUCAAGGGGAAGGCGGCAUGUUGAUUCGCCCAGUAAUGUCUUUGUUAUCAUGGAGGACGCUCCAGAGCCAAACGGUGAAAAGGGUCGGAAACAGCAGAAACCCGUUUUGAAAAAGGAGGCCUUACACGUCGCUGUUGCUGAUCAUAGACCUCAUCCCAGAGACCACGGCAACACGGGAAGAUAUGUCUCCCCCGAGGAAAAAUCACCAAAUUCACCUCAGGAUAUCGCCACUAAACCCGGCUCCGCUAUCACCAAAAACAAACCAUUCAAGAUUUAUCCCAUCAUGCCAGUCAAUCUGGGCAGUGAGACUAUGAAACCGAUGCAAGGACCACUAGAUGUUCACGGGGACCCGUCCAGGCGCAACCAGGGAUUCGCUCAAGAUGAUGUUGGAGGGCCGCCAGCUUUCACCCCCUCCAAAAAGAUGUACAGUGACGGUGGGCAUGUCAGAGAGGGCCGUUGACUUUCCUGUCUUGUUUGAGAGAGUGAAACUGAAUAUGAUAUUUUUCCAACCAAAAUGAUCAGUGUUUGCCAAAUCAAUUUAAAGUUGCUCUUGCAAGUUUAUUUAAUUUGACAAGUAUUGAAGGUUAACUCCUAAAUAUAUGCUUUUCCUUCACAAGGCCACACUACUGGGGAGAACAUCAAUCAUCGAACAGAAAAAUUAAACAAAUUUGUCCAGUAAAAUU